UGGACACCAAGCAAUAUUGAGAACUGAGAGAACACAGAGAUUCAUAGAAAGUUACAGAAGGAACUCUCGCUUCGUCAUGCUUCUCACUUUCUCGUCCAAGAGAGCUUAAGCUUGGUGUGUCUCACAUCGUUUGUAAGAAGGAAAGGAAAUCUUGGUAGCUGAAGAAUUCGCCUGCUCUGCUUUAGCAUUGCUUGUUUUUACUUGGAAUUUGUGUUGGUUUCUUGAGUUUAUUUGUGGGGUUUCGAGUAAAAAGGGCCAUGGCUGUGCCAACCAUAGCUCUCUAUACGAGCCCACCGAGCACCAUCUGCUCCUCACCGCACCCUUGCCACAUGAAUUCUCACGCAUCAUACGAUUUGGAAUUUACUUCUCGGUCCUCGUCGCUGCCAUCUUCCACGGCCUCUUCGUCCCAGAAACCGAUGAUUGGGGGGUUGUCGAGUUUGUUCUCGUCGACAACGGCGAGACACACCUCAUCGUCGGCGAGCAUUUCAAGUGGUGGGGAUGAGCUAGGUUCUUUUAGGCACGAUAAAGGGGAGGAACUUAAAGAAUUGAGUUCCUCGUUUCGUUAUUCCCCUAGUAAAUUCAUUGGGUCCUUCUUCAAUCGGGAUCAGAGCCCAGUAUCAGUGUUCCAGGGUCCGGUUUCCUGUGGCAGUUGUGGGGUUGGGUCGGCGGUGAGAACCCCUCCCUUGUGGACUGGAAGGGAAAGGAGUGGGGAUGCUAGUUUUCAUGGACGAGGAAGCUCCAACAGGCUGUUCAAUGGGUUUGUGAGAAAUGCAUUGGGAUCGUGUGUGGACUAUGAUUCACCGAGAUUGGAGGUGUCUAGUGAUUGUUUAGAUGUGGGUUCGUCAGCGUUGAUUGUUGAUGAGUUGACUUUCAACAUGGAGGACAAUAUUGCAGAAGGUAAUUCCGAGUCAUAUGCAAAAGAUUUGCUCCUAAGUGCCCAAUCGAAGCACAAAAUCUUUUGUGACGAGUUUGUGAUUAAGGCUUUUUUUGAGGCUGAAAAAGCACAUAGAGGACAGAUGCGUGCAAGUGGCGAUCCAUACUUCGAGCAUUGUGUGGAAACAGCGGUGAUGCUUGCGCUUGUUGGUGCUAAUUCCACAGUCGUUGCUGCAGGACUCUUGCACGACACACUUGAUGAUUCUUUUGUGAGUCAUGACUACAUAUUGGGGACGUUCGGAGCUGGGGUUGCUGAUUUAGUUGAAGGGGUGUCUAAGCUAAGUCAUUUAAGCAAGCUUGCUCGUGAACAUGAUACGGCUGAUAGAAUGGUUGAGGCAGACCGCUUGCACACCAUGUUCCUCGCUAUGGCUGAUGCAAGAGCGGUUCUCAUUAAAUUAGCAGACYGUUUGCACAAUAUGAUGACUUUGGAUGCAUUGCCUCUGAUCAAGCGGCAAAGGUUUGCCAAGGAGACUAUGGAGAUAUUUGUUCCUUUGGCGAAUCGCUUAGGAAUCUACAGUUGGAAGGAGCAGCUAGAAAACUUGUGUUUUAAGCAUCUUAACCUGGAACAGCACAAAGAUUUGUCAUCCAAACUUAUGGGUUUAUAUGAUGAAGCAAUUAUAUAUUCUGCAAUUCAGAAAUUAGAGCGAGCUCUCGAGGAUAAAGGAAUCUCUUAUCAUGUUGUAACUGGGCGGCACAAAAGUGUCUACAGCGUUCACUGCAAAAUGUUGAAGAAGAAUUUGACAAUGAAUGAGAUCCAUGAUAUUCAUGGAUUGAGGCUCAUUGUUGAAAAGGAAGAGGAUUGCUAUGAAGCUUUGAGAAUCGUUCAUCAGUUAUGGCCCGAAGUACUGGGAAAGCUCAAGGACUACAUAAGUAAACCGAAGUUAAAUGGGUAUCAAUCUAUACACACAGUAGUAAGGGGUGAAGGUGACAUCCCACUCGAGGUUCAAAUUCGGACCAAGAAGAUGCAUUUGCAAGCCGAGUUCGGGUUUGCUGCACAUUGGAGAUACAAAGAGGGUGAUUCUAAGCACUCUUCAUUUGUGCUUCAGAUGGUUGAAUGGGCCAGAUGGGUUCUCACAUGGCAUUGUGAGACUAUGAGCAAAGAUCGAUCUUCGAUCACCUACGCCGAUUCUGUCAAACCACCCUGCAAGUUGCCUUUUCACUCUUCUGACUGCUCGUACUCUUACAAACCUCACUGCGUCCAGGAUGGGCCUUUGUUUGUCAUUAUGAUUGAAAAUGAAAAGAUGUCGGUCCAGGAAUUCCCGGCUAAUGCAACGAUGAUGGAUCUUUUAGAAAGAGCGGGGAGAGGAAGCACGAGAUGGACUCACUACAGGUUCCCAAUGAAGGAAGAGUUGAGACCAAGGCUGAACCACAAGCCCGUGAGCGACCCCAAGUGCAAGCUGAAGAUGGGCGAUGUGGUGGAAUUGACCCCGCCGAUACCAGACAAGUCGUUGAUCGAGUACCGGGAAGAAAUCCAGCGAAUGUAUGAGGGAGGAUUUACUGUUGCAACUCCAGAACCUGCAGGUUGGAGUAGCUAACAGUGGCUUCAUUGCCUCUUUCCUAUGCCCACGCUUCAAAUCAUGGGUCAGAUUCUCUCGUAGUUGUAGAUAAAAUUAUAAAUAUCUGUACAUAUCUGCUAUGUUGAUUUAAUGUAAUCGGGUUUUAACUGUCAUGGUAAAUACCUUACAUUACCACCUGCUGUACUUAUUACUACCCUUUCUGAUGUUUAUAUAAUUGAAGCUUGCCUUUGAAAAAGGUUACAAGGCUGAACCUCCAAUCUUUUUCAAACAAA